GAGUUCUAGUCCUUUACAGCCGCGCGCGCUAGCAUUCCUGCGGCUGCGGAGACGAACGCGUAUUGCCUGUGGACCCCACGCGAGGCGCCGCAGCCACAACUACGUGAGUUCGCUACGAGGAUUGCCCGCUUCCAUCCAGUGUAUAAUGAAUCACAGUAUGAAGCAGAAACAAGGAAUCCAAGAGAAUGUAAAGAGUAGUCCUGUUCCAAGAAGAACUCUGAAGAUGAUUCAGCCUUCUACGGCUGGAUCUCUAGUCGGAAGAGAAAAUGAGUUGGUUAAAAGCUUGUCCAAACGGAAACAUUGGAACGACCAGUUAAUAUCUAAGACUUCCAGCUCUGGAGUUGUUACUGACCCAGAACACAGUGAAAAUAAAAAUCUUGGAGGCGUCACCCAAGAAGCAUUUGAUCUUAUGAUUACAGAAAAUCCAUCCUCUCAAUAUUGGAAAGAAGUGGCGGAAAAACGGAGGAAGGCUCUCUAUGAAGCACUUAAGGAAAAUGAGAAACUUCAUAAAGAAAUUGAACAAAAGGACAAUGAAAUUGCCCGCCUGAAGAAGGAGAAUAAGGAAUUGGCAGAAGUAGCAGAACACGUACAGUAUAUGGCAGAGAUAAUAGAGAGACUGAAUCAAGAACCUCUGGAUAACUUUGAAUCACCGGAUAGUCAGGAAUUUGAUUCUGAAGAGGAAACCGGUGAGGAUUCUGAAGUAGAAGGCUCAGAAAUGGGUACAUGUGCUGCAGAAGUUGUCUCUUCCUCUACAGAUGCAAAACCGCGUGUGUGAAAUUCAGUAAUACUGACUCUUGAGAAAUAUACUGCCAACGUUCACCUCCACUGUCGUUCUUUGUAGCAGAGCAAAUAACUUUAUAAUGAACACUUGGACUCAGACUUCCUUGUUUGUAUCCUGAGGCCCUAUUAUUGUAUUAAAAUACAAAUACUACGUAUUUUUAAUCUACGGUGUUGUUUUGUGUAAAUAGCAUUUUCUCAGUUGUCAGACAUGACUUGUGUAUAUGAUAAAUAAACUUCAUUCUGUUGA